UUGGCCAUGCGCCAGACGGCAGGACUUGCACUUCGUCAAGCGUUCGGAGUCCGAUUUGGGACGCUUCCUACCAGCAAACGCCUGUUUUCUCUAGCUUAUCCAACAGAACGACUGUACGGCAGAGGCAUGGAGCGCAUGCAGGCGAUUUUUGGGCACCUCUCGGGGCCGAACAGGGUCCAAAACUCGGCGUCUUCCACACUGACUCAAAACCAGGUGAAAGGUCGCUUUGCGGAGAGUGAAGACGAUGUCGUGAUCGUUUCUGCGCUGAGAACUCCGAUCGGCAAGGCUGGAAGGGGUUCCUUUAAGGAUACGACCCCGGAUGACCUUCUGGUGUCGGUGCUGAAGGCCACCCUGGAGAGAACCAAUGUCAACCCAACUGACAUCGGAGACAUCUGUGUGGGUAAUGUACUCCAGCCAGGUGCAGGGCCAGCAGUCUUCAGAAUUGCCCAGUUUGUGGCGGGCAUCCCUGAGACUGUCCCUCUGAGUGCCUGUAACAGACAGUGCUCCUCUGGACUACAGGCUGUGAUGCAUGUUGCCAACAGUAUCAAGGCAGGAGUGUGUGACAUAGGCAUUGGUGCAGGGGUGGAGUCCAUGAGUAAGCGUAAGCAGGGCGGUGACGCAGGAGACUUGAACCCGGACAACUUCCAGUACCAGAAGGCCAGAGACUGCAUCAUUCCCAUGGGGAUCACCUCAGAAAACGUAGCCGAGAGAUUUGGUGUGACUCGUGAGACACAGGACAAGUUUGCUGCCAUCUCUCAGCAGAGGGCCUGUGCAGCCACAGACAAGGGUUUGUUCCAGGACGAGAUUGUUCCUGUCAAGACCAAGAUAGUCGACAAGGACGGACAGGAGAGACAAAUCACUGUGACCAAAGACGAUGGUGUCCGCCCAGGGACCACUAAAGAAAAACUGGCCAGACUUCCUCCAGCUUUCAAAAAGGGAGGCAGCACAACUGCAGGUAACUCCAGCCAGGUGAGUGAUGGCGCGGCUGCAGUCCUGGUGGCCAGGCGCUCCAAGGCGCGGGAACUCGGGCUGCCCGUGUUUGGUGUGAUUCGCAGCUACGCUGUGGUCGGCGUGCCUCCUGAUGUCAUGGGCAUCGGACCUGCCUACGCUAUACCAGAGGCGCUGAAGAAAGCAGGUCUGUCUGUUGAUGACAUUGAUGUUUUUGAGGUGAAUGAAGCUUUUGCCAGUCAGGCCGUGUUCUCUGUAGACAAGCUGGGUAUCCCGUGGGAGAAGGUGAACCCAAACGGUGGAGCCAUCGCACUGGGCCAUCCUCUGGGCUGCACAGGCAGCAGGCAGAUCGCUACACUGCUCAACGAACUCAAGAGGAGGGGCAAGAGGGCGUACGGUGUUGUGUCCAUGUGUAUUGGAACAGGCAUGGGGGCAGCUGCAGUCAUCGAGUACCCUGGACCUCAGGCCUGAAGGAGCAAUGAAUGUUAUGUCGGAUUCCAGAUCUUUACAAACCAACAGUCAAAGCCAGAACUUGUGAAAGAAUGUACAGCAAAUAUGUGAUGAAAGAUCAUUUUAUAUUUAAUUAACCAUUGUAACGAAAGGCAAUACACAGACACAGUGACAGCUUCACAUGUGAAUAAGAGUGUUUUUAACAGAAGAUAAUUAUGAUGGAAUGUCUUUAACAUUCAAGACAAAAGCUUGAUCUGAUGUGUGACACACAGACUAAAGAUCAGAUUCUGAUGCAAAGAUUAACCUAAUUCCAUAUGUCCUUGAAACAAACGUAUUAUAAAUUAAAGGAAAUGUAAAAUCUUCAUGAUACAAUGUGAUGUCAAUAUUCAAGAGGAAUGGGGUUGAUACACAAAUAAAGGAUACUUAUUAUUACAAGUAUGCUGUUUGCAAUAUACUGUCUAAUUUCUAGACCAUGAGAAUGCUCCUCUAAUGGUUAAUAUAUCAAGAAUAAGUCAUAUGAUGUAUCUUCUUCUUGAGGAUAUGUAUACUGUGAUGUAUACAGUGACAAUAAAUGUGUAAUGU